GCACUUAGUCACGAGGCCCAUCAUGCGGAAGAGUCGCGGGGAUCUGAUUAACAUCAAAGCAAAACCACAGGAUUCAUUUACUGUUGUGACCAUUAUCGGUGGUUUGUUUUACCGCAAAAGACGAAGCGGUUUCUAAAGAAACAGCGGCGGACAGCUGGUUCAACAUGUCGUCGGAGGAGUUCGAGAAAAUGCACGAAAUCUACCGAUCUCUGUACGAAGAGCUCAAGCUAAUCCCAGACAGAGCUCUGAAGAGCCACGGAGAGGAGAGGAAGAGGUUGGUGAGGACCUUCGAUGAGCGGCAGGGGGAGGCUGAGGAAGUGUUGCAAGGAAUGGAAGAAGAGCUGCGCGCUGCCCCUCCUUCCUAUCGAAACGCCAUGGGUACAAAGCUGCGCCUGUACCGCCGGGAUAUGGGCAAGCUUCAGAGGGACAUGAAAACAUCUGCUCCCGGCUUUGGCUCUUCUUCUCAGGCAGUAGGAGAAAGUCAUCAUGGCAUCUAUUCAUCACAAAAUCAGCAAAGUACACACUUGCAGUCCCAGAGAGCCUUGCUGCUCCAGGGCACAGAGUCUCUGAACAACGCCAGCCAGAGUAUUGAACGAAGCCAACGCCUCGCUGCGGAGACGGAGCACAUCGGUACAGACAUCAUCGAAGAGCUGGGAGAGCAGCGGGAACAGCUGGACCGCACCAGAAACAGAUUGGUGAACACUGGAGAGAACCUCAGCCGAAGUCGAAAAAUCCUCCGUGCCAUGUCGCGGCGGCUGAUGACGAACAAGUUGCUUUUAGGUGUCAUCAUUUUAAUGGAGCUGGCCAUCCUGGGCGCUGUGGUUUACCUCAAGUUCUUCCGACGAUGAGCAAACUACCCAUCCUGAAAAAGAGUGUCAGCUCUGGAUCCGGGACAAACCCGGAUUCUCUACAUCUGUCCCCAUUGACUAUUCACUAGCAAUAAUGCUGUUCUGCUGUAUUCAGCCAACUGUUUCUGUGAGUGCAAACAAGGACAAAGAAGUGAUUCAGUAAGUGAACGUUUACUGAGAGACGAUUCUGUCCCUGGCCGGGUGAUGUCCAUUUGACAAGAAUAACAUAUUGUUGAACCUGUUAAUGGACCGAACCCACAGGAGCUCCGUGGUCAAACUGUGAACUGAGAUUUGCACUGUUUGCUCAGACUGUUUUCUCCAGUGAUGCCCUGCAGGACGAUGUGCUGGACUUGGCUGCUACAGAUCCCACAGAUCGUUCUCUGUGAGGUUUCAGUCGAGACUCAGUCCCCCGUGUGAAGACUCUGUGAAGUGAUACUGACGCACAGCAGUUCUGUGAGUUUUAUAAAUUCUCACAGUGGGAUGACUGUUAGUAUUCAGCACCAUUCUAUUGUUGAUUAUCUUUAUAAAACUAACAGUAUGUGAUAAAAUGGCACCAGCUAUCUGUUUUUCUAGUGUCUUCAUGCACAGUAUCCAGAUGGUUGGAUUGAGUUGAUUUUUCCAAAUCUGAGAUGUGAGGAAGAAUUUGUCAGUCAGAGGUGUGAACAGAGAAAAAGUUGGGGGGGGGGGCUCUUAACACAGAUACUAUGUUCUUAAAGGUCAAUAAUGUUGUUUAAUCUCUGUAUAAUUCAAACAUCAUUGUUAGAAAUAGGGUUCAGUGUUCUUUAUUUGACAUUUACACAUCAUUAAAGCUAAUCUUUAACCUC